AAACCAGCCUAGAGGAUGGGUUUCCAGCUGCGGGCCCUGACUGCACACCCAGCCCCGGGCACCCCGGUCCUGGGGCGCCCCGGUCCUGGCACAUGCGGGAGGCCGGGAACUGGGGAAGUGUGUGUGUGCGCCGCUGAGACCAGAAUCAAGCUUUCAGACCGGCUGUCAGGCGGCCGGGCCUGGGAGCCUGGGGGAGGAGAGUGGCCCGAGGAGCUCCCCCUCUGGGUGCCUGCAGGUCCAGAUAAGAAAGGCUUGUUGGGACCUUGCACUUGCCAGUUCCAGGACGAUGGGUUCCUGGUGCUGGAAGGGUUCCUGUCUCUGGAUGAGUGCACGGCCCUGCAGCAGAGGAUCGCGGCGCUCGUGGCCGAGAUGGACGUCCCCGAGCACUGUCGCACAGUGUUCACCACCCAUAAGGAGGAGCAGCUGCGUGCCCAGUGCAUCUCCGACUACUUCCUGAACAGCGGGGACAAGAUUCGCUUCUUCUUUGAGAAAGAUGUUUUCGAUGAGAAAGGAGAGUUCUUGGUUCCCCCGGAGAAAGCCAUCAACAAAAUCGGCCACGCUCUGCACGCCCACGACCCUGUCUUCAAGAGCAUCACACACUCCCCCAAGAUGCAGGCUCUGGCCAGAAGUCUGGGCCUGCAGAAGCCCGUGGUGGUACAGAGCAUGUAUAUCUUCAAGCAACCCCGCAUCGGGGGCGAAGUUGCCCCACACCAGGACUCCACCUUCCUGUACACGGAGCCGCUGGGCCGGGUAGUGGGCAUAUGGAUCGCGCUGGAGGACGCCACCCUGGAGAACAGCUGUCUCUGGUUCAUUCCUGGCUCCCACACUGGGGGUGUGGCGAGGAGGUUCAUCCGCCGGCCGGAUGGCACCAGCUACCUGGGCUCAGAGCCAGACCGGGAUGACAGUCUCUUUGUGCCCGCACCCGUGCAGAGAGGCGCCCUGGUCCUGAUCCACGGGGAAGUGGUGCACAAGAGUGCGCAGAACCUCUCGGACCGCUCCCGCCAUGUCUACACGCUGCACCUCAUGGAGGCCGAGGGCACUGUCUGGAGCCCAGAGAACUGGCUGCAGCCGACAGCAGAGCUGCCCUUUCCCUCACUGUACACCUGAAGGCCUGUGCAGGGCGGGGCUGUCCCCUCCCAGUGCCCCGGGCUUCUCUGGACCCGCCUGCUGCAGCAACAGGAGCCGAGUCUCCCCUCCUGCACCUCCCCGUGCCAGGGUCUGUGCCCCUCAGCCCUGCAGACAGGAGGCAGGUGGGCUCCCCAAGAUCUGUCCCUUUGCCACUCCAUGUCCCCGCACAACUCGCUCCUGGAGGAGUCUGAGGCCCUGAGCAAGUUCCUGCCGCUUCUCCUGCAGAACUCUGAUGACAGCAUUGUAAGACAAUAAAAGGGAUUUCUGAA